GUAAAAACUAAAAAUGUCUUCUUUGCAUUCAAUGUUUUUGUUCGAAAUAGUAGUAGAAGAAUUGAAAAGUUAUAUAGAGUGUACAGAUUUUCUAAUAAAAAUUCAAUUUGCUGAUGUUUUUUCACUCGAUUUAAAAGACUCUAAUAAGCUGGCUUCUUUUACCAAACCUAAUGUACCAAAGCAGUUUAAAAAGAAAAUAAUUAAAAGAAAAUCAAAGGUAAGAGUUCAUGCUGCACUUAUUCAAAAGGCUCCUUUACAAUAUAAAGUGCAAAUAAGACAAUCGGUACUAUUGGCAAAUAAUAUUAAUAUGCUUAUAUCUAAUAUGGAAAACUUUCCAGUUGAAUUGUCCCUUUGGAGCAAAGUAAAUCCCAAAUAUAAAAUGGGUUCAACACAUAUUUCUUGGAGCCAUGACUACAUAGAUUAUUUGAGUAAAUUAAACACCAAAAAUGAACCACGUUCAGUAUUAAUUGGUGGAUAUUAUAAUGUUUUUGAUGAAUUUACUUCAAAACGCAUAGCUACAAUUAAACUUUCUAUCAAACUAAGUUAUUUGAAGGAUAAAAUUACUACACAAUAUAAAUCUGCUUCUGAAAAUAAUCCAGAUAAUUUCAUGUACACGAAAUUUAAUUAUAAACCGACUGCUAGUUUGAGUACAAUAAGAGAAUAUCAUGCUAAUGCGGAAAACAUUGAAACUGGAAUUAUUAAAACAAUAUAUAGUGGUGAGAAAAGAAAAAUUAAACAAUUAAAUAACUAUAACAAUAAUAUUACAAAGCAAAUUUCUAAAGUCAUUGAUACACAAAAGAAAAUAACACGUAAAGAGUCACAUUUAAAUAUUAAAAAUAAAAAAAUUAAUGCUGAAACUAUAAUUAAAGAAUAUAUUAAUGCAGAAUACAGAAAUACAAGUCUUGUGAAAAGUGAUACAGUCAUAUAUCAACAUCAAAAAAAUCUGCAACAAUGUAGAUCCUGCUCAACAGUAAAGCGUUUAAAUGCGUUGAAUUACAUCUUUGGAGAUGAAGGGAGUUCGUACGGGAACCAAGUCUAUUAUGUAGGUUAUUUUAUGGUUGAAAAAGAUCCGACACCCUUUGGUAGUUCAUUAAAAGGAAAAAGUUCAGAAAAAUCAAGCGAACCUCAACCGAGUUAUAAAAUCAAAUUAUGCGACAGUGAAGUACAAUGCAAAAAAGAAACAAAUUGUUCUUGCACCCAUAGUUAUUGUUCGUUGGAUUUACCAGUGAAAACUUCACGUUUGAUAAGUGUUACAAAGUGUCAACAAUUUGAUUGUGAUCACAAGGUGUAUAAAGCACCUGUAACAGAUGAGCGUAUUUUAUUAGAUAUAUCUAGUAUGCAGAAAGAAUGUUGUGGUAUCACACAAGCUGUUGAAGAAGUAGUUGGAGAUAUGAAAGCAAAAAUGAAAUUUGAAGAAGAUCCUUGUUUUUGUACAUGCGAAUGCAGAUUCGGUUUUACAAAAAAGACGACAUAUUGUAAGGUUUGUGGUGGAUAUGAAACUACUGGAGAUGAUGUAGUUGGUCAAGAACCAUUUCCAUGCCCCAUUUUUCAUAAAUUAGUUGAUAAAAAUAAACUUAAAACUUUGAGUACAUCUGGUAGUGACAGUAAAAAGAGAACUGACGACAGCCAGAAAAUGUUUAAAUCUGCUUCUAAAUCUUCAAAUGAGAAGCGGCCAAUUGUUUCGGAAAAGAGCGCUGAAUCCGAAAAAGAUCCUAAAAAGGGGAAAAAGAAAAAGAAGGAUGAUCGUUUCAAGUUCAACUAUGGUUAUCAAGGUAUACCGCCUCAAAUUGGACACGAACAUUGUGCUAUGCCCUGUACAGGAACUCUAGGUUCAGUACCUAAGAAUAUGGGCUGGCUUUGGACAGCCGAGGAUAUACCCGGGAUAAAGUUUCGUCCUUUGUGGAAACCAGGAGCAACAAAUAAACAUGUAGUAAGAUUAUUACGAAUGGCUAAGAAUCCUGGUGUAGUUAUAUCAAAGAAAAAAAGGAAAGAUUCGCUACUUAAAAAGCGGUCCCUAAAACGACCUCUCCUUAUUGUGCGUAAGAAGGAUGGCGAAUAUUCAGUUACUAUGGAGACAAUGAAAACUUAUGCGAAACCUAGAACUUUUAAUCAAUAUCCUUAUGAAGAUAAACCUGUUUUGACUUAUACUAUAGGUAGAACAGACAAAGAGAACAAGGAAAGGCAAAAAAAGAAAGAACGAGAGCGACGGCGACUUGAAAGAGCUCAACGUCAAUUUAUACAAAGUGCAUUUAGAGACGUAUGCCAAGAGAUAUGUCUGAAAACGUAUCAACAAGCAUUAGGUAUACUACCUGAUGCAGAAAGUCCUGGCUGUCCUUGUUAUCCCGUUCACCCUAAUGGCGAGAUGGCAAAUGUAGGCGUUUCUUGUUCAUGUUCUGAAGAAAAGUCUUCCAUUGGUUCUGAUACUGAUUCUGAUGAGUGGAUAGUUGAAUUCACACCACCUAAUGCCACAUUUGAUCCUACAUUUAAAAGUAAAAAAGUUAUUAAAACAAACAACACAACCCAAUAUUCAUAUUUAGAUUACAGAGUGAAACUAGUUGAUCGUUUCGGAAAUCCUGUGCCGAGAUAUUUUAAAGGACCAGAUGGUAAACAACAAUGUAGUGAUCUAGGGGGAUUUUGGAGUGCUGACCAUAAUUGGCUAGAAAUAAAUGUCGAUGGCUACAUAGCACCUGACGGAAGAUGGGCGCCCAAUAUCUUCAUAGGUCCAAAUGGUGAACAAGUGGAUGCCGAAACUGGAAAGUUUCAAACCACUAGCGGUAAAUGGUUAGUUGUUGGUGUAGAUGGUUAUAUCGAUAGUCAAGGAAGAUGGCAUUUCUAUUCAAAACCUCGUGGUACAGUAUCACAAAAAAAACGGGGAAUAUUUGGCGCCAGUGACAGAAAAGGUGGAGCAGGCGCCAAGGGGCAUGUUCUUUAUCAUGAUAAAACUUCUGAAGUAACUUGGAGUUGUUUUGGUGAUGCUUCUCUAAAACAGUUGUCAAAGGUGGGAGUUAUUGGUCAUGGGACUGACAAACGACUAUUGUUAUCGAAGUUAAAAGAUAUGCUAGCACGCGGCGAAGAUGUAAAAAUACCGGAGCCUUCCUCAGUGCCUCGUUUACCAUCAUCUAGAAAGGGUAAAAGAACAAAAAUGCUCUCUCCGAAAGGUUUCGAUUCUCGCAAUUUCUUCUUAAAAAGAACGAAAUGUAGUCAUCCAGUACCUUCAGAGAAAGGUAUAGUGGCUGUUGAUGCACAUGGAAAUAAAACAUUCUUUAGGCUAAAAGACUAUAACAAUCAAAGACCUAAGGAGAGGAUCGCUACUAUAACAGACCAGGGUAUCAGUUUAAGUUCGUUCCACGUGCCUUGUUUCCACUCCUUUAUCAAUACCGAAUUAAUGAAACAGCAACAGCGUAAACUGCUAUUUUCAUUAACAACUGAUAAAAGUAAAGUCGUUUCUACACAAACUGGCUAAUUAAUUUUACAUUCUGUGUCCAAGCAAUGUAUUAUUUUGGAUGUGAGAAUUUGUAUUGUGUGAUUAGAACUAAGUGAAAAUUUUAUUCGACAUUGUUCUAGGUCAAAUUUGUAACGUUUAACUGUAAGGUCAAUAAAUAUUUAUUAUAGAUUGAUUUUUUUUUAUCUUAAACUGAUUUGAAGACAUGAAAAUAU